CUCUAUCUCGGAAUAAACCAACCUUAGAGCCUUAUUUUUUCUAAUUUUAAAUAUCCUUAAAAAUCGAAUCGAAAAAAAAAAUCGAGGAAACGUUAACACGGAUCUUCGUUAUAUAAUCACAUCGCUUUCUGGUUGUUAAUUCUGUGAGAAACUAGUUCAAUCACGAUGAGGAUGAUAAGGUUGACGAAGACGGCGGUACUUUGUAUCGUGAUAUGCAGCAUGAGGAUGGUUUUGUGUGAACCUCCAUCACCGUCGAAUGGUUACCUGCCGCCAACAUCUGGACAAAGGCCAUCAACGAGAUAUAAUGCACCAUCGAAUUCUUAUUUGCCACCUCCUUCGGGACCAGCAGCUCCAUCACAGAGUUAUGGUGCUCCUUCAAGGCCAUCGGGCAGUUAUGGUGCCCCACCAGCACCACCAUCGGGCAGUUACGGUGCCCCAUCUAGACCAUCCAGCAGCUAUGGAGCACCUCCAUCAGGUCCUUCAUCUAGCUAUGGUGCUCCGUCUAAGCCUUCGGGUAGUUAUGGUGCACCCACUGUGAGUCGACCAUCAUCAAGUUAUGGAGCCCCACCGGCUGGCCCACCUUCUUCAAGCUAUGGAGCACCUAGCCGUCCAUCUCCAAGCUAUGGAGCUCCUCCAAGCUUUGGCCCACCAAAAAAGCCAUCUUCUAGUUAUGGACCACCAGCUUCCCCACCAUCAUCAAGUUAUGGCCCGCCAAAACGACCAUCUUCAAGCUAUGGACCGCCGAAAAGACCAUCAUCAUCAUACGGAGCACCACCAUCGUCACCAUCAGGAAGUUACGGUGCCCCAAAGGUAUCACCACCUUCAACUAGCUAUGGAGUUCCUUCAGCACCUUCUCCCAGCUAUGGAGCACCAUCGAAGCCUUCACCAAGCUAUGGAGCUCCAUCUCGCCCAUCUCCCAGCUAUGGCGCCCCACCUGCACAAAGGCCAUCCUCUUCGUAUGGUGCGCCAGCAGCUCCAUCACGGCCAUCUUCAUUGUAUGGUGCUCCAUCUGCCCCAGCACCUUCUUCAAGCUAUGGUGCUCCUUCGGUAUCAGCUCCUUCAUCUAGUUACGGCGCUCCUUCUGCACCCUCGGGAAGCUAUGGUGCUCCGUCUGCUCCAUCCUCAAGCUAUAACGCACCAGUUGGUCCAAGUUACAGUUCAGCUCCAUCAUCUAGCUACGGUGCACCUUCUUCAGGAGGCGGUGGAGGCGGAUAUUCUUCCGGUGGUGGUGGGGGUGGAUAUCCAUCAUCUGGUGGAAGUUCCGGAGGCUACCCAUCUUCUGGUGGUGGUUCAGGAGGAUACAGCUCAGCCCCAUCGUCCAGCUAUGGUGCUCCAGCUGCACCAUCUAGACCAUCAUCUAGCUACGGUGCUCCAUCUGCUCCAGCUCCAUCAAGACCUUCGUCAAGUUAUGGUGCACCUUCAGCACCUUCAGGCAGCUACGGUGCUCCAUCUGCACCAGCUCCUUCAUCUAGUUAUGGCGCACCAACUGUAAAUAUUCCAUCAUCAAGCUAUGGCGCACCUUCAUCUGGAGGUGGAGGCGGUGGCGGUGGAUACUCAUCAGGCGGAUCUGCAGGAUAUUCAUCAGGCGGUUCAUCAGGAGGAUACUCAUCAGGCGGUUCAUCAGGAGGUGGAUACUCAUCGGGAGGUUCAGGAGGCGGAUAUCCAUCAGCAUCACAACCAUCUUCCAGUUAUGGUGCUCCUUCUUCAGGAGGCUCUGGAGGUUAUCCAUCGGCUUCAGCACCUGCUCCAUCAAGACCAUCAUCUAGCUAUGGUGCACCUUCACCACCAUCAUCUAGCUACGGAGCUCCAGCUGCACCUUCAAGACCUUCAUCCAGCUAUGGUGCUCCAUCUCCUCCAUCUGGUAGCUAUGGUGCUCCAACAGGACCAGCACCAUCCAUCAUUUAUGGAGCUCCAUCUCCACCAUCUUCAAGCUAUGGUGCACCUUCGGCGCCUUCGUCAAGCUAUGGAGCCCCAUCAGCUCCAUCACCUCCAUCUUCCAGUUAUGGUGCUCCAUCUAUUCCUUCAUCCAGCUAUGGAGCUCCAGCUUCUGGUCCCGUGCCAUCGUCUUCAUAUGGUGCUCCAUCAGGACCCUCCUCCCCACCGUCUUCAAGCUAUGGAGCCCCUGCUUCUGGUCCAGCCUCUAGUUACGAUGCUCCUCAGGGACCAUCAGGUGGGGGUGGUUACAGUUCCUCAGGAUCAGUUCCAUCCAGUAGCUAUGGAGCUCCAUCUGUUUCCGGACCUUCAGCGCCAUCUUCUAGCUACGGUGCUCCUUCAAGUGGAGGAGGAUCUGGAGGCUAUCCAUCCGCAUCAAUCCCAUCAAGCUCAUACGGUGCUCCCAGUUCUGUCCCAGAAACUAUUCCACAAAGCUACUCCUCAGACGGAGGCUACAAAUACCGAAAGUAGAUAAUCACCGAAAAAGGUGAAAUGAUUCACCAAAUUCACCAUAAAAGUGCCUUAUCAACAACAUGUGAAUUAAACCUCCGUUAUGUGUUUAAAAUCUAUUUUCUCUUCAAAACGCUCUCUUUAAGUGCAAUCAUCAUCGAAACGAUCAGAUUUAAGUCUGAUCAUCAAGAAUAUACUC